GUUUUUUAAUCCCUUUGUACAAUGACUGCGCCGAGCAAAAGCUUCCGUGACGUGAAGAGCGUGAUAAAGCUCGACGCUUACUUGAACAAGAAGGUUUACGUGAAGUUCAGCGGUGGUCGUGAGGUGCAGGGUAUUUUACGGGGUCAUGACGUGAUGUCUAAUUUAGUAUUGGAUGAAACUGAAGAGUUUUUACGUGACCCUGACGAUCUCGACCGUGUGACUGAUAAGACUCGUCAAUUAGGCCUACUGGUUGCUCGUGGCACUUCUGUUACUGUUAUCCACCCAGUUGAGGGUGCAGAAAAGAUCGCAAAUCCAUUUCUUGCUCGUGGUUAACGUUGUUUUCCUCUAGGUUUAAUGCAUGGGACAGCCACAGUUUGCGUUGUGUGUAUGUUGCUGGCUCGGGUGUAUUGGCAUACCGUUGUGUUGCCUUUUGAUAUGUGCCACUACGUUGCUACGCUGCGCGUUUAUUAGACCUCUUGGAAGAUAUUAAUUUGUAAUUGCA